AUGCUGGUGAUUCGCGAAUCGGACCUUGAGAGUUCACUGUCUCAGCAGGUUCAAAUCGAGUCCUCUGCUGCACCAGCUACGCCACCGGCAGCAACUUCUGACCAAACAACUAACAGUGUUGUCAUUCGUAUAUCGUCGUUUGAUGCAAGUCGGGUAUGUUUCAGAUACAGUAUAAACGCAGUAGCGACAGCUCGCGGGUGUAUCUUACACGAAGUGGUAGAAAGGUUAAAAUUUUACACCGACAGAAAAGAUAGUCACUUUGCCAGUAAACAGACCCAAUAACCUGAAGGUUUCCCCAAACCAUUCUUUGCUCACCAAAAAAUAAAUGUUAUUUAAUAAUUAUGCGUUUAUAAUACUGUUACCUAUACUCGACAAACGGGGCGGAAAAAGCGUGCCAAGCCACUAAAAUCAAUUCACCUCCAACAAUUAUUUGUAUCCCGAAUAAGCCGGCGAAGCUCUCCAAUUUUAAACAUGCAAACGGCGUUGGACUGAAUUGCAUUUUACCCGGAUCAAAACAAUUUGUGGAAGACAAGUUAUACUCAGGGACGUGCUCAAAAUUUUGAGUCGCCCCUUCCUUUUGGGCCCUCCUCGACGAGGGUCGACGUUUUCUUGCGAAAAUAAAACGUCCCAAAAUUUUUUUACAAUUUUUGUUAGGAUAAAGGGGGGUUAAAAAUACGUUUUUCAGAGCUUUUUCGACCUCAGUUAGUCACAAUAUUCCUUAAUAUUCAACACGUUCCGCAAUUCCAGUAUUUUGGAACUCCCUCUGGGGGAAGUUGGGCCCCCUUCCUUAAUUGGCUUUUCUUUGCGGGUGUUACAGCCCCCCCCCUAACCCCCCUAGUUCCGACCCUGAUUAUACUAAAUAUUAACUUGUUUCCUUUUAUAGUGGACGUACUUAAAUGAUCGUCGCUUAAGGAAUUCUAUUGCCAGUCGUGUUGCUACCUACUGUGGUGGUCACCUUGUGGACUGCCAAAUACAAACAGGGUAAUUAAACUAUGCUGUCUAUUAUCUAUCACGAAGUGAUUUUAUCAAUUCACCAAUCUGAAACCUGUACGCAUAUAUGUAAUCAGUAUUGUUGUAAAUAAUGAACCAGGAAUAGACACUACCAUGACUAUCUUCGAACAGGCAGUCAUGACAACGGCUAGUUUUACUUCAACGUGCCCAUUUCAUUUUUCCCAAUCCAUAAAUAUCCAUUGUCAGCGCAACACAAUAUUUAGUGAAUCAAUACGUAUAUUCAGUCACAACCGGCAUAUUAUUAUUCUUUUCUCACGCCAUGAGACCAGGCCUUCUCCACCAUGUUCUGGUAGCAAACGGCAACCGAGGACGGCAACAAGUGAAGGAGUAACUUAGUCAGGCAAACAGUUCUUAUAAACAAUAGUACUUUUUUACUUCACUAAAUUCAUGGCUGGAUGGAUUAAGAAAGGCUAAUUAUAUUAUUCCGCAAAUUCUAUGUCUAGGAAAUAAUUUCAUUUUCAGCAAGAAUUAACAUUGCCCUCUAAAUUAUUUUUUAAUUUUACAGAGGCACAGCAUCAUUCACUGAAGCUAACGUUCAGCGUACUUCGACAGCAACGCCAUCUGAUGUUGGUGGUAACAGUGUAGAUUACAGUUUCUACGUGAAAUACCCCAGUGGAGAAACUCCAAUAAUUCAGUAUAUCUUAGCUUCAGUUGUCAAGAUUGAGUCGGAGGCAAUGCAGUCUGAAUCAACCCUGUUCUUCUCACUGCAAACAUCGUUCCAACCUCCCACUCCUGUUACGCCAAAUUCAGAUCAAUCAAGUAACACGGUUGAAAUCAAGAUUUUUAAUCAACAGGCCGAUCAGGUAUCCAGAAAGAAUUAUUAUUAUACAGUGUGUAUAAAAAAAACUGAACAGAUUUAAAAUUGCUCUCAAUUUCGCAAAACAGCUAUUAGUAUCCAUUUUUUUAUGUAUAUAGGUUCUUUGGGUACUUAUACUAUAGAAUAAUGAAAAAAUUCUCGAACUCAAAUUUUGUGAACCAGGGGGUGUGUGUCUUUUCCAAUAUAUUAAAAAUGGCUUGCGCACGAUAUUUAAAAGCUUUAAUCAUAUUUUGAAUUAAUAGAUGGAAAAUUUGUUUGGUUUUUCAUUACUGUGCACAAUUUCAGACAAUUUGCUUUAGUUUAAGCCCUUUAGCUAUUCAUUUUUUCCUAAAAAAUUAGCCUUUCGCAUGCUUAAUUAAUGCCUUUACCUAAUUUGCAUAUUGCUGACCUGACAUAUGCAAAUUAGGCAAAAGCAUUAAUUAAGCACGCAAGUAGCUGAUUUUUAUGAAAGAUGUAAGUUUUCGUGAAUAGUUAAAGCGCUUAAACUAAAGAAAGUUGUCUGAAAUUUUGUACAGUAAUUAAAAACCCAACCAAUUUUCCAUCUAUUAACUCAAAAUAUGAUUAAAGCUUUUAGAUUUUGUGGGCAAGCCAUUUUUAGUUUGUUGGAAAAGACACCCCCCUGGUUCACAAAUUUGAGUUCGGGAAAUGUUUUCCAUUAUUAUACAUUAUAAGUACCCAUAGAAGUUAUAUACAUCAAAAACUGGACACUAAAAGCUGUUUUGCGAAAUUGAGAGCAAAUUCAUGAUAUCUGUUCAGUUUUUUUUUUAUACAUGCACCCUGUAUAAUAAUAUAAUAUGCCUACCUUAAUAUCCGUGCAGGAUCAGGCAAUCAUACACGGAAAAUUUAUAUUUAAUGCCUUCGUGUGGGCUUUUUAAAUUGUGGGGCGAUGAAAACAUUUAACGUCUCUGAAGUUAACAGUAUAAAAGAAACGAGAUGCAAAAGUUAUAAAAUAACGUUCAAUAAAAUUUAGCGUUUCAAUAAGGUUAACCGUUGUUUUUCGCAGUUAUUUUAUAAAACAAUUUCUGUACAGGAUGGCUUCAUCCAUAUAUUAUUAUUAUUAUUAUUAUUAUUAUUAUUAUUAUUAUUAUUAUUAUUAUUAUUAUUAUUAUUAUUAUUAUUAUUAUUAUUAUUAUUAUUACUAUUAUUGCUGUUGUUGUCCCAGAUACUGUACGUAUAGGGAAGGAGGGUGGAGGCAACUAUUGUAGCGGUGUCACAUGCUAUAUACUGUAUUUAUAACAAAGUAUAAUUUAGCCAAGUAAUGGAAAAUUUCAAAGACAUGCUCAAAGACUUCUUUAUUUUCCAGUGGCAUGCUAUUCAAGACAAGCAGCUGAGAGUUGCGAUAGCCGCACAGAUUGCAAGUUAUUGCACAACUAAUUUAGUCACCUGUGUUGUUACAAGGUACAGUAUAUGCAAACUCAUGUUUAAGAAGUAUGAUAGUAUUGGUUUUAGAAGUCACAAAUUACCACUGAUGAUUUUAUUAGGAACCUGAAAGUAACAUAGCAUACGGUAAUGCGAAAUCUUAAACGUUAAACUAUGAGCGCGCAAUGCAUCAUGGGAACGUACAAUCUGUUUUCGCAAUAACUCAGUAUUACAAGGCCCUGUUUAUAUGUCGUUCUGGUGUCGGGUCAAAUUCAAUUUUCGCCCACAAAGAUAUAUGAAAAAUCUAUCAAAAGAUCGUCGUAAACAUACAUUGUAGUAAUACGAGCUUGUCUCUGAUUUAGUAUGAUUUAGGCCACGUGUACACUAUGAAUCUAUGACCGUGCGGCAAAUAUACCAUAGCGAAGUGAUUUGCAUCCGGAGUGCCAAACGUAUACCAUGCACUCCUUUAUAGUGUAAACACAAUACUGAGAAACUUACUUUUAACGAAAAAAGAAGAUCUUAUUUUUAAUUUGAAGUCUUAUUUUUAACGAAAUUGAUUUGUAUUCAGUGUAGCAAAUGUAGUGGUCCGUAUAGUUAGUACGCUACGACAAAUCACUCAGUUAUAGUGUAAACACAAUAGAAAUAGGCUCAACACUAGAAAUGUAUUAAAUUUUUAACGGAGUUGUUAACCGUAGCGACAUAGUGUAAACGCGGCCUUAACUAACAAUAUAUUUAUACGUCGAUUGUCGGGAGAAAAUGCGUGCGUAUGGCCUGGAUAGCUAAAAGACUUUUAACUCUUUUAACUAUCGAUCCAUGGUACAUUCACGAUUUACGAUGGAUAGCAAUUUGGUUGACCGAAACUGAAUUGGACUUUCAAAUCGGUGAAGUGAGUAUCUUUUUACCGAUGUCAAUUAAAGAAAAUGAUUUCUCGAUAUUUGCGAAAUUCGAAUGCUAGACACGACUGUUAUGACUGUUAUCGGCAGACCAAACGCUUGCGUAUAGCAAUAUUAUGAGUAGAAGUCAAUUAUAGUGCCAAAGAAUUCCCAAUGGGACUCUAAAUUUAUUCUAACUAGAAUGACGCGAGGUCAUAUUUACCAGCAAAUUACUCGUUUGGUAUGACAUUGAAAUUAGUUCUAAUUAAUUCCCAUGUGAGUUCAAAGGGUCCACCUCUUUGGGCUUGCAUUUUACAUAUACAUUCAAUUUCAUACCAAACUAGUAAUUCCCUGACAUUGGGAAUUCGUCGCAUUCACUGAUUCAACGCUGAGCCCGUUUCUUCAUAAACCUCGUGCAAUAUUUCAGAUAGAGUUUUCUCUUGAUGCUGCAGUAAAACCUGCAUGAUAACGAGCUCCUCGUGCGGGUGCAUUGCUACGCAAGCGCAUGGCCUGUCGAUAACAGCCGUGUCUACAUGGCCCAGCAUACGACUAAUUUUCGAAUAUAUCGAAAAAUCGUUUUCGUUCACAUUUGUAGUAAGAUGUUCACUUUGUCGAUUUGAAAUUGCUCCUCAUCUUUUACAAUUACCUUCACUCCUGUGGUCAUGCAAUAGUUGAAUUAAUGCGAAACAAAACCGUCGAUUCCCAUGAUGCAUUGCGUGCUCAUAGUUUAACGUUUACGGUUUUGAGUUUUAGACGGACAACCUUUUUUGAAUUAGCUGUACAUAGUUAUUAAAUCUUCUAAUUUUGUUCUGUUUAGCGAUCAAGUGUCGUUUAAUACAUCACAUGUUACUCGGAUUGGAAGCUCCCCUGUACAAGAUGGAGAUAAUGUCACUUAUACCUUCUUCGUUAACUAUCCAUCUGGUAGUGGACCAAUACAGCGCAAUUUGCUUGCAGGAAUUUUAACCGCUCAAACUGUAGCGAUUAAGACAGCAACGAACUUGGAUUUAUCAGUGGAAACUUCUACAUUGGCUGCCACACCACCUGUAGCCAGUUCAAAUCAAACUACCAAAGCAAUUGUCGUGUCCGCAUCCAGUAUCCGAGCAAAUCAGGUAAUACCUGACUUUUUAUUGACCUGAUCGAGAUAAAAACCCAAGUUAUACAGUAUUACAGUUCAGUGCGCCCUGGUGCUUGCGCAAAGUGCACCAGAAACGCGAAGAAAUAACAUAUUUUUGAAUUACCAAAGCUUUUGAUUCCGAAUAAACUAAUAGACUAGCAAACUCACGCAGCGACGUCGACUGUAUAACGCCAUGCCAAAUUUCGUAACUCGAUCUCUGCGAUGCAUUAAAUGCAGCCCGCUUUUGAAAUCAAGUAAAAUUGUAAAGCCCGUCAGCUCAGUUCAGUUGCCAGUAUAAACCGUAUUUAGAAUAUAUGCUUGACUAUCUUUUGUACGGCUAUUAGUAAAACACGGAACACGGAGCACGGAGCAUGGAGCACGGAGCACGGAGCACGGAUCACACGAAGUACGGAGCAGUAGAAAAACGAAAAUCCUUUAUAAUAAAAUACACUGUUUACUAUUACAAAUUUUUGUUAUUAUUAAUAAAGAUUUUUCGCGAAUUUACACGUUGGGGAAGUAGGAAAAUGGGACUUUUACUGAAAAACACAUAUGAUGCAAAACUGCCAAAACUCAUAGUAUUUAAAAUAGGAUUGUGAAACUCGUUAUCUUACAUCUAUCAAGCUUAUGAAGUUAUAUUAUAUUCGGAUAUUCCGUUGGCCAACGUAUAAAGAAACACUUACUGUAGAGAACAGCCGAUAUAUUUCGUUACCCCUGCCAAAAAAUAGCCAAGUACUCAUCUUUCAAUGUAGCCGGGAUCGACUGAACAUUAAAGCUUGUGAUGGAGAGAAGUGAAUUUUCGGUUUAUCCUUCGGCCCAGUGUGCUGUACGUGUUUCCUGACUGCCGGGCACGUAGUAUUUUAAAAAUACUGCCCGGCAGCCGCAUGUAAGACCAGUAUUUCGAUUGCGAUGGAAUUAUAAAGUUUGAUAGUUUAGUCUUUAGAUACAUGUGAUGGAUAUUUUGACUAUAGCCUAAACUAGAUAGAGUACACACAAUAUGCGUUACAAUAAUGCGUACAGCCGUUUACUUUUGGUCCAGUAAGCUAACAAAUUUUACAGCCGUUUACUGUCUUUUGAAGUCGAGUACGUGUAAAAAGCAUACAUUCCCAAAUACUUGGUCGAGUACGCACGCAUAUCGAAAUGCACUAUUAUUCGAGCUAUUAUAAAAAGUGCUCAAAAAGUGCUCAAAAUCUCAAAAUAGUGCUCAAAAAGUGGUAAAAUUGUGAACAGUUUAUACCUCUAUAAAGAUUUUCGUAAUUUUUUUAAAAUCAGCAUUUUUUAAAAAUCUGUUUCCACGUCUUUCUCCAUAUAUGGAACAAACUUCCGUAUAUGGAGUUGUUUACGACAAAAAAAAGAGAACGCGAAAAGUCAGCGUUCUAAUUUUUUAACCGAAUGUCAUAUGCAGCUGUACGGCUUUUCUUUUAGAGUUGACCUAAAUUAUAUAUAUAGAAUAAUAGUGAAUACACGUCAAUUUUUAAACCUUACACCGAAUUGUAUGUUUAGUUAAGGGGUGGGGGGUGAAUAGGUUUUCGGAUCGUCUACAGUAUAAUAUUGUGAAUAAUUCCGAAUAUUCAAAACGGAUUGAAAGAAUGUGAAUUCAAAGCAGUAAUUAUGUACUGUAUAACGGUUUAAACGUAGGCCGUACAGCACACUGUCACUGCCACUGAGCCGAAGGAUAAACCGAAAAUUCACUUCUCUCCAUCACAAGCUUUAAUGUUCAGUCGAUCCGCUACAUUGAAAGAUGAGUACUAGGCUAUUUUUUGGCAGGGGUAACGAAAUAUAUCGGCUGUUCUCUACAGUAAGUGUUUCUUUAUGCGUUGAUAGAUGUAAGAUAACGAGUUUCACAAUCCUAUUUAAAUACUAUGGCUUAAUUGCUUUUGGCAGUUUUGCAUCAUAUGCAUGUUUUCAGUAAAAGCCCCAUUUUCCUACUUCCCCAACGUGUAAAUUCGCGAAAAAUCUUUAUUAAUAAUAACAAAAAUUUGUAAUAAUAAACAGUGUAUUUUAUUAUAAAGGAUUUUCGUUUUUCUACUGCUCCGUACUUCGUGUGCUCCGUGCUCCGUGUGCUCCGUCUCCGUGUGCUCCGUGCUCCGUGUGCUCCGUGCUCCGUGUUUUACUAAUAGCCCUUUUGUACGUCAAAACCUGUACUGAAAACAUAUUUAUAUAUUUUUAAUUAAUUUACCAGUGGUCAGCUGUUCAAGAUAAUAAGUUCCGAGGAUAUGUAGCCCAGGCGAUUGCAGAGUAUUGUCAAGCAAGUGUAUCACAAACUCAGGAGUGUGAACUUCCAGCGUAUGUUCUUCUAUAUUGUAUUAUUAUGUUUACAGUUCAAUAUGCUAACUGCUUGUAGGUACUGCCGUUGAACGACUUAUUGGUGUACGUGGAUACACCGAUCAACGAUUCAGACCAAAACAGCAACUGAGAUUUGGCGUCUGGAAAAGCGCAUAAUUUAUGCAAUUUAUCGCAUUUAAACAUUGGGUGUAUAAUUGACGAAUUCGAAUUAUCGCAAAACAACGAAAGGAUAAAAAAAUCAAUGACAGUACAUAAACGAAAUAUGAACACGCAAUGACUACAGCUAGUUAAAAGACGUUUACCAGUCGGUAUAUGCACUGUUCUGGUUCGGGUUUCGCAGUACUGCAUUUUAGUAUGGUAGCCCUUUCCAAACGCAUGUCGCGCAACAUUUUUGACGUGUACUCAUGGAGAGAUGCGUGGUAGAUUAAAUCUGAUAAUAGGAAUUUCAAGUUUUAACGUUUCGAUCAACGGGUUUUAUAUGAAAGUUGCUGUAAUGAUAAUUGAAUAUAUCGUUGUAGAAAUCAAGCAUCGUUUACGACCUCCCACGUCCAACUAGUACCAGAUUCCCCCAGUCAGGAUGGCGGUAACGUGAGCAUACAAUUCUAUGUUGAUUAUCCUGGUGGUGGAACUAUGUCUCAGGCACUUCUUCUCUUAAUUGUAAAUCAAAAACUGACUUCCAUUGCAACAAAUACAGGAUUACAACUCACCGUCGUGACGACAAUUGUAAUUCCAACAGCACCACCACCGUCACCGGAAAAUAUUGAUAACGCUAUCAAUGUUGUAUUGAAAGAUUUCCAAGCAGAUCAGGUUUGUUAUUUCAUGUACUUUUAUUUGCAAGGACGUUACCAGAGCCGUCGAAAUCGUCUGAUUAAGAUGUUUACCAUUUUUACAUAGAUAGAUCAACAUGAGCUCCACCUUUGAAUUUACUAUAUGAGUAAAUUCUUAAACACGUCCGAAUUUAUCAUUAUGAUAAAUUCGCGGCACAUUUUGAAUUUAUCAAUAGAGUUAAUCAGAAAACCACAAGCAUUAGACAAGAUUUCUUGUUAUAAAUGUAAUGGCACUAAAAGGAAGGCUGGCCGCGCGGGGGUGGGGAGUUUCUCAAGUUUUUUAAAGGAAUAGUUCUUAAAACAGUUUUAAAAGAGUUUUAAAAGCAAAAAGAGUUUAAAAAGUUAAAAAAGUUAAAAAAAAUUAAAAGUUUAAAAAGUUAGGUGUUAGUGGUUAGAGGUUAGUGGUUAGGGUUGGGGUUAUGGUUAGUGUUUAUGUUAGUGCUUAUUAUUAUGAUAAAUUCAAAAUUUGCCGCGAAUUUAUCAUAAUGAUAAAUUUGGACGUGUUUAAGAAUUUAUUCAUAUAGUAAAUUCAAAGGUGGAGCUCAUGCUGAGAUAGAUAGAUGGCUUUAUUAGUAAUACAUGACUUUAUUAGUAUAAUACAGUCUAUUCAUGUUUAAAUUUUGAGCCGUGAGGGCGCGAGUUAUUACAUCAGUUUUACUUGGGAUUACAUUGAUCUGGUCAUAACGAUUGGCUGAGCUAACUGCAUGAACCCUUAAAUGUUCGUUAAAAUUCGAUUUACAUAAUUUCCGUUAAAUGUAUAGAUUGUAUAAUUUAACUCCUCAUGCAGUUGUGGAGAGUAAUUAUUGUGAAAUUUCUGCUAAUGUAAGUUCUUUCAGCACAACCUGAAAUUAACAUUAAUAGGAAAAAAUUAGAAUUUCUGACAUUUUAUUAUAAAUUUCUAUUAUUGCUGGAAAUCUUAAAAUUCUAAAGCACUUCACAAAAAAAUGUGUUCUAUGGCUGAAAGGUAGACGGAAAUGUCUAUAGAACAUUAGAGCAGUUUUUUGAUUUUCCAAAUAUUUCCUGAGCUGCAACCUGUUAAUAAAGGCGAUCUGAAGCUAAGUGCCAUGCAUAACGAUUGGCUGAUCUAACUGAACCCUUAAAUGAUUUAUAUAGUUUCCGUUAACCGUAUAGAUUAUAUAAUUUUAUAUGUGACUCCUCAGUAGUGGAGGGUAAUUGUUGUGAAAUUUCCGCCAAUGGAAGUUCUUUCAGCACAAUUAACGUGCAUGACUAUUAUGAUUUAAAACGGCAGUAUAGAAAGUCAAUUCGACAAAUUGUACUUCAAUUAUUAUUACUUCAAUAUAUAAAUCAUAGUUAAACUAUUUACUGAUUUGCUAUUCAUGUAGUGGUCUCUGCGAGAUGAACGGUUUCGGCAGAAAAUGGCAGCGGAAAUCAAGGCAUUCUGUAACAUGUCAACGUACCAUCGUGAUAUCUGUAACAUUUCAGAGUAAGUCCUUCAAGCGCAAUCUGAUUUUAUAAUAUGAUUGUAUUGCAAGAUAUAUAGAUGGUAGCCUAUUGCACAGACUUGCUUCGAAUCUCGCUCGAGUAGGCUUCAUUUUUAAUAUGGUCUAUCCAGUCUGUUAUGCGAUCAGUUCAUAAUUUGGAAACGUAACUGUUCUCAUAACAAACGGGAUGGACGCUAUGAAGCCAGUGCGAGAGAGAUUUGGAGCAAGUCUAAGACUAGCAAGGUGGCAUCAUACCGUCCGGCUACCGACAUUCUGAAUUCCUUCAAUAUACUACUGUAUAUACUCGGGCGGAUAAGUGGAAAAACUACCUCAACUUCCAAUUGUCCAAUCAGGAACUUAGUUUGUGGCACGCAAGCAUGAAAUUAAUCGCGAUAUCACGCCUUACAUCACCAAUUAGCGAGCCUGCGUUCCUUUUGACAAUGUUCCACCCCAUGUUCCCCGGGUGUCAAACGAUAUGUGAUUCGAAAGAAAAUAAAACAUCGUAUUCACGAAGGUGUGUUUCAAGUUUUUAAUCCUCAACUUGGAGGCUUUUAAUUUUCGGUAUAAUAUAUCAUUUAUAGACCCUCCGCUCGGGGUAUUUGGCGAAAUGUUACCCUCACUGAUAUUUCCCUCGGGGCAAGGCCCCUCGAGAAAUAUCAUCUCUUCGGGUAAUAUUUCCCCGAAUCUCCCUCGCUCCGGGUCUAUAAAUGAUAAGUAUUGUACAUUUUGAGAAGAAAGCACCAUAUUGACAGGGUGUGUACGUAGACUUUGACACAAGUAUGAAUAUCAGAUGUGGAGGCCCCCGUGAAAUUAACGUUAAUGGCCAAAGCCGUCAAUAUGGCGCAUUCUUCACAAACUGCACAAUUGUUGCGAAAUUGUCUCCUUAUCCGCCCCCCCCCCUGUAACUUGGAAGAUUCCGAUAAUACUAUUUUUUGUAUAGAUUUUUAAUCGGAAUCAUACGUUUGACGCACAUAGCUUCUCAAGUGGCUAAAAAAGUUCAGAUGAAUAUAUUUUCUUGAUGUUAUAAUUCGCUUCUUUACCACGCCUUCUCAUUAUAAGUUGAAUUCUGUGACAAUGACGUCCACAGUAAAUUUUUUAUCAAAGUUUGCGAAUACGGACAUUUCUAUAUGCCAAGUUAUACCCCUGGCAUGUUAUACCAGACAUAUCACUCAGACAGUUGAUUUUGGCCCCAUGCAAGUGCAGUUUAUUCGUCAUUAAACAUUGAUUAUGUGCAUUUCGCCUUUAGCGCUGACGUGAAUGGCUUAACCGCUGAUCACAUUCGAAGGCUGCGGAACUCACCCACACAAAAUGGAACCGAUUCCAUUCUAUCAUUUUACGCAGUUUUACCAAGUAGUAAUGGUUCAUUACCUAGCAGUGUCUUAGCAACCAUAUUUACGUCACAACAAGACAACAUUCUCUCCGUGAACAGCGAACUUGAAGAUCCAGGCGAAAGCAUAUCAAGUAGUGAAACUCCAACUCUUACCCCUACCCAAACCCAAAACAGAGUGGCAAUAACAAUUUUCAACCUCAAGUCUGGAAAGGUGAGUGGAAACAUGUCUAAAGUGAUAAGAAUUUAGCUAGCUGACCACUGACUUUCCUUUCUUCGAGUUAUCAUGUUGAGAUAGUAUAACUAUUCGAAGAUUACACUGAUUGCAGGAACCACUGAGUAUUUUCAUAAAAUACAAUACAACAGUAACUCCGAAUAAAGUAAGCAUUUUGAUUCAACGUUUCGACUUUAUUUAGUUGCAUUCCUGAUGAUGACUAAAUAAAGUCGAAACAUUGAAUCAAAAUGCUUACUUUAUUUGGAGUUACCGUUGUAUUGUAAGAUUACACCACCUGAGGUUGUUUGUGCAGGUUACGUGAAAGCAUGCAUUUAGCUAGGGUACUGCGAAUUAAUCCAGAUGCACAAUAUUUUUAUCGACUAAACAGCAUGUUCAUGCGUACGUUUUUUAAUAUUAUCAAAAGAAUAAUAAAAACACACUAACAUGAUAAUCUUCAAGAAAAUGAAGUAACUAAGAUCCUUAUAUUAUAACAGCGAAAGUUAUCUCAUGAUAAUUCACAAGUUUUUACACCGUCCAUAAUUGGACCUAAGGCAAAAGAUAAGCAAGUAUUUAAAGCUGCACUUGACCUUCUAUAUAGCAAAAUCGGCAAUUGAUUGCAGUUUCAGAGCGUGAUCGUACACACUACUAACAUAACGACAUUGAUGUUAUUAUCUUUACCGUAUAUCUACUUAGUGCAUGACUGUGUGUUUUUGAUCAAUCUAAAAUGAUUGUCAUGAUUUCGUAAAUAUUUUUCUUGAUUUUACACAAUAACCAAUUAAAUUAACAACAAAAUAUAAAUUUAGUGAAUACUAAAUUAUAAAUAACCCUCGACAUACGGAGGAUGGGCUAGUAUGGGCUGCAACAUGUACUGAGGAUUUUGGUCAAUUUUUGUUUUAACAUUAUUUUUGUCUUUAAUUAUUUUCUAGCUUAAUACGUUGGUUGUUGUCGAUAUUAGAGUAACUAUAGCUGCGAAGAUGAACAUUUUCUGCUUCAGUACAUCUGGUGAUGUAUGUGGCCUUAUAGUCACUAGGUAAGUUACUAAUUCAAACAAUAUACUCAUUUAUUGUUUCAAAGCCAUUCACUAGAGUCCCAAUAUAGUUUUGUUCUUAUAACAUUUACAAUUGUGAAUGAAGAGGAAAAUUGCUUUCUAUGUGACGCAAAGCGGAAUGCUACAGUUUGUAUUGUUUUGUGCAAAGCUCCUGUGACCCUUUGCACGAAUGUUAUGGACUGCAAGUCAUUUCGUGUUUCAAAAAUAGGUUGAUGUAGAUUGGAUAUUCAGGGGUUUUUUUCAGAAAUAUUCCCAAAUGUACAAACAAGCCUGUCAGGAAGAGUGCUUUGAAUUUUAGGUUAACCAUGGGUUAGAGCUAAUCGGCUUUGGAACAACCGGCCCCUGUGGUUCUGCGACGUUCGCCCAACAUAAAUUGUGUAAAUUAUCAACAAGACCAGGCGUUCCGACUUACUUUAUCCAACAUUAGAGACACUGUAACAAAAUUUAGACUUUUCUCCUGUCUAUGAUCUCGGCUUACGCAUUCCAGUCGGGAUUUCAAAGACAAUCGGCAGGCUAGCGCGCUUGUUCAUAUGAACGCGAAAGUUUUGUCGUAAAAUUACUACGAGAGGAGAUCACAAGUAGGGAAACUGGUCCUUUAUCAUUCUCCUCCCAUCUAUUGAUGUUUAAACACAUUUCGUCAGGUUUGCUUUCAGCAGAUCCUUCUUUUCUCCACCCAUCGUCCCUUGUCAUCUUUUUAUCUUUGAGAGUAAACCUGCUUUACCAUUCUGCUGUCAUCAUUCUGACCACAUGAUCAAUAUUAUGCUAUACCGUAGCUGCUUGUGUGCCUUAGCUUUCUAACUUGUCUUAUUCUUAAUUAUUUUAGCCGCAGGAAGAAAAGAGCUGUUGGGUAUGUGGAUAUUAAAUUAUAAUGAUUAAAAUUUUAAAUAAAUUAGUUAUGUGGCUGUUUUACGACGCAGUAAUUUUGUUCCUAUCCGUUGCGUGCGAGCACUUGUGUGCAAAUAUUUAAUUAACUGUUCUCCACUUAAUUAACAUGCUGCCUGUUAUUAGACUUCGCGUUUUACUUUUUGUUUUUUGGUUUUUAUUUGCUUUGUCUUCUUUGUGUUUCUGUUUUGUGGAUGGGUGAGUAGGUAUAUUGGCUUUAAACUUGUUUAAUUAAUUAGGCCACAAUGGUUGGUACAAACUGUUGUGGUGUCCUGAACUUGUUUAGCUUUUUUUUAUGUUUGUCUUCGAUAUUCAAAUGUGUAUAGACAUGUAUAGACAACGUUAAUUUUUAGUCUCUAAGCGAUGCCUUAUAAUUAACAUAUUUCUAAAAUAAUUCAUGAGAUAAUUACCCAAUUAAUUUCUUAAAGUCUCCUCACAUGACAACCCCUUUAUUACCAAAUAAAGACCUCACCGUACUGAUAAUUUAUGCUCAUUUAUUAUAUAAAGUAUUGUGCUUUAUGUACUAUUUAAAAAACGAGCAGGAGUGUUUUAUUAGGUUUAAAGCCACGAGCGCGCAGCGCGAGUGGCUUUAGACCUAAUAAAACACGACCCGCGAGUUUUUUAAAUGACGUAUGCAUAAUAAGUCAAAUCUUUAUAUAAAAAUCUUUAUAUAAAAAUCUUUAUAUAAAAAUCUUUAUAUAAAAAUCUUUAUAUAAAAAUCUUUAUAUAGUUUGCAUAACAAUGGUAUUUUGUUAAAGUGUUCUUUAGCUGGUAUAAAGACGUAUGCACGUGAUUAAUUUCUUACUCAAGAUUGGAUAAUUGCUUCAUGAAUUAUUAAUGAGUUUUUGAAAGAGAUUUCGAGCACUGAUAAAAGUGAUAAUCUCACAUGUGAGAUUAUUUAUGAUAAUCUCACAUGUGAAAAUUAUCGCUUUUCAAUUAUCGCUUUUCUGUAAAAAUUAUCGCUUUUCAAAGACUAUUUUUUAUAUAAUAAACAGAAAAAUACAUGGGUGCUUGGAAAUACCAGAUUUAUUUCUCGUGUUGAACAUGAUAUCUCACUCAUUCGCUGCGCUCACUCGUGAGAUAUCAUGUGCAACAUUCGAAAUAAAUCUGGUAUUUCCACGCAUCCAUGUAUUAUUCUCUAUAUAAACACGUGUACUUUUAUCAUGUGUAAAGUACAUGUGCACAGGGUUUAUUUUAAGAAAAGUUUAGAACUGCACAUAUUAGGGAUGUUACGAAGCAUCACGUGUUUGACUGGGGGGUCAAAGGGUGUUUGGCUGGGGGUCAAAGGAUUUUUAUCUACAGUAUAUUUAACGUUGUAAAUUUAUAGUUAACGUUGCAUAUAAUGAUAGACUCUUAAUUUAUAGUGUAUAAGUGGCAGAAUAAAGAUGUGGUUGGGUGGGGCCAGACAAACUCGAUUGUUUCACCCAACCACCCACCAAAUCUGUUUCAAAACAUGUAACUGGGAAUCAUGAAUACUCAAUAUAUAAUAACCUUGGGCAGCAAAGAAUAUUAGGUUCUCCCAAUCUAAUCUCUUUUGGAUAGCUUCGCUCGCCCCAAUUUUACCUCCUGUUUCAUUACCCCAGCACAUAUGUGAUUUGUGAUGAAAGUAUGAGGAUCUGAUGGUCCUCUGCCAGAAAACAUUUAGAUUUUUGAUGCUCAAUGACAGCAUUUCUGGGAUCUGGAGCAUCCACAAGGAAAACGAGUAAAUGAGAAGAUUGUUUUGAGGUUAUAUUUUUGUUAAUUUGGUGACUGCACAUUUGUGUUUUAAGAACUGCGCAAAUGGGUUUAGAAUUGCACAUUUUGUGUAGAACUGCACGUUAAAAUAAACCCUGCAUGUGCAUGGCCUAUAUAGUGAGCUUUCAUUAGUAGGGAUACAACUACCUGAAAUAUAUAUGGAAAAUUUCCAUAUAUUUUUCAGGUAGUUGCAUCCCUACCAACGCAAGCUUGUUAUACAAUAUAACUGGCACUACCUAAUACUUAUACACUGGCACAGACAGUUCAAGGUCUAUAUAUAGUGGUCUAUGUAUUACACCAUGUGCGCCAGAGCGCAGAAUGCUACAAUUUACCUCCAACAUAUUUUUCUUAUAUGAUUUUGGGAGUAUAUCAGGUUUACGUCAUUUACAAACCUCGUGACCUGGCUUUAUCGGCGCGUAAUGCCGCUCGCCUUCGGCUUGCGUCUUUACGCACGUAUAAAGCCCUGUUACCGUGGGUUUGUAAAUAUUACAAAUGAAUAAAAAAUCCAUAUUGCUGUUCAUGACACGUAAAUAUAUAUUGUAUAUUAAUUGCUAAUUAGCGACAUUGCAUAAAGUCGAGGAAAAUGUCGCAGUGUAUAUUUGUUUUUUGACAGGUUUUCCAAAUGCUACUUAAAAUCACACGCUGACAUUGUAUUAAAUUCAAAGUACAUUAAUUUUAUGAAAGAUGCAUGGGGGGUAGGAGUGGGCUUCAAAACAUUUUACUUACGUUUUUUCCCCCACAGCGACCAAUUUAGCCAAAAUGAUGUCCUAGUAGAUGGAAGCUCUGUAAUGGAUGCAGGGAAUAACACAGUAUUGGCUGUCGUCGUCAAUCAACCGGAACAGAUACUCCAGUAGAAGGCAAUGUUGUCGAAGAUGCUUUACAUCAGACUAUUGAAGAAGAUGGUCAGACACAAAUUUCCAAUCUUACCCUAGGAGUUGUCAAUGUACCUGCAGUUUCAGACAAUCAGCGUGAUAACGCGAUCAGUCUUCGUUUAACCGGCACCCAACCUAGUGAGGUUAGAUUUGUGUUCAUGACGAGCAGGAAAAAAAUUAAUGGACAUCAUAUAACUUAAAUUUAUAACUUUUGGGGGAAAGUACUUUCGAUUGAAACUUUUCUCUUUACCGUGUAUUUCCUCCUAAUACUAAACUAAGAUUUAAUUUAUAAUGUAUUUGUAGUGGACGCUCCAACAAGAUAUAUCAUUCCGAAAUAACAUGUCUGAAGCAAUCGUCCAGUUCUGUGGUCAGAGUGAUGCACGAUUGGCUUCGUGCAAUCUCACACGGUAUGUCAAUAAUGAAGAUACAGUAUGUUACAAUAGAAGGUUCUACAUGACAUCACUAUCAUGCAUGAUUUUAUAUGUUAUAAUACCACGAAUACAUAUAAUGUAACAAUAUACUUCUCUAUUUGUCUCGGGCCUGCUCUCACUUAUCGUACAGCAUGAAAUUAAAGAAAUCAUAUUCCUCUACAAAAUGUAUAAAUACGGGAUGUACUGUACGAACUUGACAUCAAUCAGUAGGCCCUACAGUAUAUAACUCAACCUCUUCACCUCUCCACUUGUUCCAGUUCCGGUGAUCUUCGUCCAAACCUGUGCAACACCUCCCUCUUUUAUUAACAGAAUUGUAUUUUUAUGGAACAAUUUUUAACGUCUGAUAUCAAAUCAUCUUCGUCGGUCGCCAUACUUAAAUCCAAACUAUAUAUAUUUUACACUAAAAAGCUGAACAGUACCUUUGAUGUACACAGUCCUAGAACAUGGAAAACUGUAUGCAGUAAAUGUCGUUCUUUACAUACAUACUGCUGUUCAUAGACGUAAUUACAAUUGUUGUAUGUCCUAAUGUUUAUGUAUAUAAUAUGUAUUCUUGUAAUACCUAUAAGUAAUUAUGUAAUGUAAGUUUUUGGUGGGACUUAAUUAGGGACUCACGUCCUGUUGUCCUUACCAUCAGUCAUUUGAUUGUAAAGUUAAUAAAAAAUAAAUAAAAAAUAGGAGGUAGAUUUUUGGUGGACUAUACAGGUUUACAAACUAGCACAAUUCAGAGCUGACGUUUCGACCAGCCAAUGAAGCUAAUGAAAUUCAAUGAAAACAAUUUAUUCUUCGAUCAAAUCCUCCAAGACCUUUUAUAUAAAAGUCAUAUAGACCUUAAUAACACGAACGUGAUCGAAUGAUACAAAGAUAGUGCCUUUAAUUAAAUACUAAAGCUCAACAUGGAAACUAAAAUCGUUUAGUCCAUCAGUUAAUGUUGAUAUUCGUUCUGCAUGGGUGUUGUUGUAGUGGUACCUUCAUUGACUAAACACGUUUUCUGUUAAUUAUAGGGGUCAACUGAACGACAUUGACUUCCAGAAUAUCCAGAUUUUGCCCAAUUCUCCCACGCAAGACGGCGACGAUUCAAUUCUGUCAUUCUUUGUUAAUCUACCAGGUGGAGCAACAAUGCCCUCAGAUCUUUUGAACAUUAUUUACAGUUCGUCACCAAAUGUCAUAUCACAACCUACUGUACUAAAUACGACUAUGAGCCAAAAUCCUUCCCUGACAGGAGGUCAAAUUGAAAAUCUUGUACCACUCACAGUAAAUGGACGCGAACCAACACAGGUAAUACACGUUUUUUCAUUCCAUGUGUCCGGCUAAAAGAUUGCUUAAUGACAAUUGUAUGCUUCUUUUAAGUUUUAAGUAAUGUGAUACGUCGCAUAUUAUUUUAAAAGUAGAGUAUAAAUUGCCAUAAAUCUGUAGAGCAUUCCGUCGCCCCGGGGACUGAAAUUUUUCACCUACCCAAUCAUUCUCCAUCCCGUUUGAAGGUGGAAAUGCUUUUCAAGCAAUUACAGUGAGUUGCCAUUUAGUAAUAAAAACUUGCGGAUGCAGACAGAUGAUUAUAAAUAGGUGAAUUUGAAAAAUUAACAACUUUGAACUGAAAGGUGAAAACAAAUGCCGAACAUCACCGUAUUUAUUCGUUUAAUUAAACGUCGCCCCGAUUAAGCAACGCUUAUAAUGAAAAAAAAUUCCGUUAUUUAAUUUAUGUAGUGAGUCCCUCUCUCUAAUAAACUCCCUCCUUUUAAGAUCAAGAAAUUUAUUCAUUAAGCGUCGGAAAUUUUAUUUACAGCAUACAUUUAUGUUUAAAGUGAGUAUAUUUCAAUGCUCUCUUAUCUCACAUGCGUACGUCUGUUUCACCUCAAAACAGACGUACUGGCUUGGGACGAGCCGACGAGAACUUGUUGUGGGCGACUGCCAUGAUGGGCCUCUAAAAUUAAAACAUUGGAAAAUAUAAAAAUAUAUAGACUUUUAUUUUGAAAAUCAAGAUUAAGAUAUUACAAUGUAUAUUUUAAAAAUCUAAAUUUACGAAAAUGUCACCAAAAAAUGUAACAAAUUAUGGUACAUUAAAUCGAAUUAUACUGAAAAAUGGUAUGUCCGGAAAUUUUUUUGCUCUACUCCCCUCUCGCCAACAAUUGUUUGGGAAAAGAGAUUAAUUAGCGACUGAAAUGUUUCAUGUUUGAUCAGUAACAAGCCCCUCCCCCCCCCCACCCAAGUCUUGAUCCAUCCGUCACCGGGCCUGGGCCCCAUCAGAUGUUGCUCAUUCGACGUCUUUUCAAGACCCCAGCACAUGCCUGCCUCGAAACUUCAGAACGAAAACAGCUAUUGAUCCAGACAGGAUUUCUGACAAAAUGUUUAUCAGCAAACUGUUGGGAAUUUUCUGAUUUGUUUUAAUUAACAGGAUCUUUUGGCUUUGCGAAAAUAUGGCUAUGCAAUAGUUCCAUACAUUCGAGGUGUCACAGAACCAAUCAAGAGAAUCUUAAGUAAUUGUAAUAUUAAGGUUGCCUUAAAACCCUAUUUGACUUUAGGCCAUAUUUUCGCAAAGCCAAAAGAUCCUGUUAAAACAAAUCAGAAAACUCAUGCUGUAUAUUCUAUACAAAACAACGGUAACUCCGAAAAUAAACAUUUUAAUAUUCUAGCUUUCGACUAAGAUUCAGUCAUCAUCAGGAAUGAUGAUGACUGAUGAUGACUGAAUCCUAGUCGAAAGCUAGAAUAUUAAAAUGUUUAUUUUCGGAGUUACCGUUGUUUUAUAUUUUAUUAAAAUACUCAGUGGUUCCCGUAAUAUUCUAUAUCUUGCGGUGACUGAGUGCGAGAAAGAGUAUUUGGAUCAGUCUAAACGCCAGUUUGGUACACGGCUAAAAGAACAUCAAAAGGCUGUUUCAACUUUAGACAAGGGAAAAUCGGCUUUAGCAGAACAUGUAUGUGACACCAAACACGAGAUUGCGUGGGAAAGCUCUACAGUAAUUACCAUAAACAAUCGCUAUGGUCAAAGACUAUGUCCAUAGAAGCGUGGCAUAUAAAUAUGAGUAGUCAUGCUUUGAAUAGGAAUGACGGUGCCUAUUUGCCAGGGGCCGGUUGUUCAAAAGACGAUUAGCUUAAUCCUAGGUUAACCUAAAAUUGAAAGCAAACAUCCCGACAGCUUGGUUAUAAACUUGGAAAUAUUUCUUCAGAAAUCUUGUCUGGACCAAUGAGAGUUUUCUUCUCUGAAGUAUUGAAACAAAUAGAUGUGCAGAAAUGCAUAAACUAAAACAGCAGGUUAAAAUUUAACCCAGGAUUAGCGCUAAUCGUGCUUUGAACAACCGGCCCCAGAGGAAUACAUGCAUCUCAUUUGGCAGGUGACGUCAUUCCUUGGGUAUUUAAGAAGCCACGAUUGCAACUUUAGAUCAUCCCUGAUGAAGACACCAGACUGGAGUGUCAAAACGUUGGGUCUUGAUUAAAAUUCGAUUGGGCUUUGUAAUCAUUUAUUUAAACCAGAGUAGCGAGCGAAACAUGAUUGAUAUAUCUGGACAACAAACUUUAAAACUGUUGGGAAGUUUGCUUUGAAUUUUAGAUUAAAUUAUACAUUUAAGCUAACCUGUUUCUGAACAACUGUGUGUCCAUUUUUUUUGCAAUAUGUAAUAAAUAAUUGCGUUUGUAAUUUGCCGACUCCGCCCACCAACAUUUUGUGGAUUUGAUUUUCAUAUAGUAGAAAUGUACCAGAACUAAUAAUUUAUCUCUCCCAUUCUUCUGUUUCCUUCAAGUUGUUACUUGCGCAUCUGACAAUUAAAUGGUUAUAUUGCAUGUAUAUUAAUUAAAAAUGGUUAUAUAUCUUAUCAAUAAACAAAUUAUAUUAUUAUGUCUUUUAAUGGCAGGAUAUUAGGUUGGAUGUUCAAACUACAAUUGCAAACAGGUUGAAUGCAUAUUGUCGCAACAAUUCUGGGGCUGCAAUUUGUCCCACUAAUGGGUAUGUUUGUGCAAAGUCUUAUUAUAAAUUUUAUAUUAAUGCCCAGCCGGCUUGUUAGCGCCGUUCCGGGCGAUAGCCUGGGGCGAAGAUACCACUUUUGCUCCCCCGAGUAUAUGGAGGUGUACGUGUAUUUGCGCCCGGGUAUAUGAAGGUACCAUUUCAGAAGAACGGAAAUACAGCAUUAUUUUUCAAAUAUCAAAAUUUGUUCACUUUAAAAAGCUGUAGUCAACCUUUGAUAACAAUACUCAUUGUCUAGGCGAAUAAACCAUGGCAACAAAGGAAUAUUGGGUAAUUUGUUGAUCCAAAGUUUGGAAUGCUAAACUAAAAAAUGACUCACGAUAUUGUCGUAUAUUUCUUGGCUAUUUUUCACUUGUUUCUCAUCCACAUUCGAAAUUCUUUGCUUUAAUUCCCAAGAUCAACGACAUUAUAUAAAUUCAACUAGGAAUAAUUUGAUAUUUAAUUUUACUUCAUCGAAAUAGACUUUAAAGAUUUUAAACCUACUUUAAAUUCAAACUUUACAUCUCGCUUAUGCCAAAAUUCAUGUUAACAUAUCAUGAAUAUAAUUAACUUUAAUAUUUGUAGUAUCGAACUCGUCGUUUCUAAGCCUCAUUUUGAAUUAUUUCUUGGAAUUAACAACGACCACAAGUGUUUUAAAAUAAAACAACUUUAUUGUUUGCAAUAAAAAUAAAGUUGUUUUAUUCUUUAAGCAUUUGUGGUUGUUGUUAAUUCCAAGAAAUAAUUAAACUUAUUUGGUUGCAAUCGGUAAUAACAACUUCUCUUCAAAAUAAACUUAUUCAAGUUUACUGUGAUAUCAAAAAGGGAUUUCAUUUUUAACAAUACGUGUUCGGUAAUGACAUGCAUAUAUUUCUUUAUCAGAGCCUUCACCAAAGAUGAUGUUCUUGUCCAAAUUGAUCCCGCUUCUGACAGUGUUAGUUUCGUCGUUCUUGAUCCCCAGACAGGAUCAACAGUUCCAGCCAGUGGUGUACAAAAUGCAAUCAGUGGAGAAUUUUUGUCCGACCUUCUCGACUUACAAUUUACAGUGCCACUACCACAGGAAAAUAUUGAUAACGCAAUCAAUGUCGUAUUGAAAGAUUUCCAAGCAGAUCAGGUUUGUUUUUCCAUGUACUUAUAAUUGCAAGCACGUCACCAGAGUCUUGGAAAUCUUCUUAUUAGGAUGUUUUACCAUGACCAGACAUACUGUACAAUCUAUUGAUGUUAAUUAAAAUUUUGAGUCGUAAAGGGCUCGUGUUAUUACAAUUUAAAAAUGUACCGCCAAUAGACUUCUCGUGGAAAUUACAGUGCGUCUACAGUAAGUGGGGCCACUUAGAGAACACUAACCAAUCACAUUGCAGAACAAAAAUAGAAAAAAUCAACAAACGGCGCAUUAUAGCCAAUCAGCAUUGGGCCAAAAACAAUUUUAACAAAUAAAAGAAUGUCAAACGGUAAAAAUAGACUUGUAAAAGUAAACACUGCAGUUAAUGGCUUCCUGAAUCUUUCUUUUGAUUGGACGAGCUUUAGUUUGAUUAGAUUUUUCUUUUUGUUCUGCACUGCGAUUGGUCAGUGUUCUCUAAGUGGCCCCACUUACUGUAGACGCACUGUGAUUGAAUUGGUCAUGCAUAAUGAUAGGCUGAGCUAACUGAAUUCUAAAAUGCUCUAUUUAUAUAUAGUUUAUGUUAACUGUGUAAAUUAUAUAAUUAUAUUUGUGACUCCUCAUGCAGUUGUUGUCGAAUUACGAAAUGAAGGGUAAUUAAUUAUUGUAAAUUUUUGUGUAAGUUCUUUUGAGUACAGCGUGAUUAUUAUUAUUUAAAACGGCAAUAUAGAAAGUACACGUACAAUUCGACUAAAUUGUACUUCAAAUUUUCUAUGAAUUUAUUAUAGUUCAACUAUUUACUAAUUUGCUAUUUAUGUAGUGGUCUUUCCGAGGUGCAUCGUUUCGGCGGAACAUGUCAGAGGAAAUCAAAGCAUUCUGUAACAUGUCAACGUACCAUCGUGAUAUCUGUAACAUUUCAGAGUAAGUCCUUCAAGCACAAUUUGAUUGUAUAUCAUGAUCGUAUUGCAAGAUUUGUAGGUGGUAGUCUAUAGCAUAGACUUGCUCCAAGACGCUCAAGUUGGCUUAAAAUUUCAUCACAGCUUGAAAGAGCAUCGCAAAGUUAGUAAUAUAAGUUUGCCGUUUUUCAGUCAUUUUGCAUUACAAACGGGAAAUUGAUAAUCAGAUGAUGAAACUGAUUAUCAAUUUCCCGUUUGUAAUGCAAAAUGACUGCAAAACGGCAAAUUUUGCAAGGCUAUAUUAUCCGCAUUUUACAACAUUUCGCAACGAAACUUCGGAAUAUUACUAAUUUUGUGAUGCUCUUGCAAGCUGUGAUGAAAUUUUAGUCCAGGCAUAUCUAGAUCAAAAAUUCACUCAUGAGGGAAAAGGUCUAUUCGAAAGAGAUUUGGAGCAAGUCUAAGGCUAGCACGGUGGUAUAAUGCCGACCGGCUACCGUAUAAUAGGGUAUAGAUUCCGAUACUACUAUUUGAAAGUAAUUACAUAUUUUUAAUCUGAACCAUAGUUUGACGUACAUGGGUUUUCAAUUGCAUGGCCCAAGUUUCGAAAUUUUUUUCAAUUUUUAUUUUAUAUUAUAAUUCACUUCUUUACCACGACUACUAAUAUUAUAAUUUGAGAUCGGCGACAAUCACCUCUCCAGUAAAUUUUCUCUCAAGUUGUUUGCUUAGCGCUUAUAGAGACAUUUCUAUACAGACAUUUUAUAGCAGCCAUACCACUCAGACAGUUGACUUUGGCCCCAAGUGCAGUUUACUCACAGAUUAAACAUUGAUUAUGUGCAUUUCGCCUUUAGCGCUGACUUGAAUGGCUUUACCUCUGAUCACAUUCGAAGACUGCCGAACUCACCCACACAAAAUGGAACCGAUUCUAUUCUAUCCUUUUACGCACUUUUACCAAGUGGUAGUGGUCUAUUACCCAGCAGUGUCUUAGCAACCGUAUUUACGUCACACCAAGACAAGAUUCUCUCCGGCGUGGACAGUGAACUUCAAGAACCAGGAGUUAGCAUAGCAAGCACUGAAACUCCAGCUCUUACCCCCACCCAAACCCAAAACAUAGUGCUAAUAAUAAUUUUCAACUUCAGGUCUGGAAAGGUGAGUAGAAUAAUGUCUAAAGCGAUACAAAUUUAGCUAGCUAACCACUCACCUUCCUUUUUUGAAAUUAUCAUUUUGAGUUAGUAUUAACUGUAUAUUUGAACAUUACACUGCCUGAGUUGUUGUUUGUGCAGUUUAUAUGAAAACAUCCAUUUAGCUAGGGUGUUGGGGAAUUAAUUCAGAUUUAUAUGAUUUUCUUGUACAAUGUUAUUAAUCGAGUCCUGAUCGACUAUAGCAUGUUCAUGCGUACGUUUUUCAAGGAAUAAUAAAAACGCACUAACAUGAUAAUCUUUAAGGAAAUGAAGUAAGAUCUUUAUAUUACAACAACCAAGUUUUACUGGAAAGUUAUAUUUCAUGAUAACUGUGCAUGAUAACAUGUAACUAUUUAGAGGUGCACGUCACCUUCUAUAGCAAAACUUGCAAUUGAUUUCAGUUUUAGUGCUUGAUCGUACACACUAUCAACAUACCAAUAUUGUUGUCAUUCUCUAUAGCUUAUGUACUAUUUAAAACAUGGGCAGCAGUGCUGUAUCCGACCUCGUACCCAGGGUUCUCUUUGUGCUGGACGGCCAGCACAAAGAGAACCCUGGGUACGAGGUUGUGUUUUAUCAUGAGAGAUAAAGAUACGGGGCGAAGCUGAGUAUCUUUAAAUCUGAUAAAACAAGCACUGCGAAUGACUUUAAAUUGCUUCAAAAACGAAGUAGUUUUCACAAAAUACGUUGUGUAAGUCGAGAAAAUCAAAUCAAGGGAAAUCUCUAUCAGAUGUAAAGAUACGACUUUCCUCAUGAAUUAUUAAUGACUGUACGAUUUUAUUAAUCUAAAAUAAUUUCAUGCAUGAUUUUGUGAAAGAUUCCCGUGCUUUUGCACAAUAAACAAUAAAUAACAAUUCAUAACAAAUAAUAGUAAAUACUAAUAACUUACUGACCAAGAGUGAGGGAAAGUAAUCAACAUCGGUCUUGCUGUAUUGACCUCGCGCUAUCGCUUAUUUGGCCAAUACAGCAAGACCGCCGAGGUUGGAUAUUUUCCCGUACUGCCCGAACGGUUGAAGUCAGUAAGUUUUUUAUUAUAUGGCAUUGUACGUUUGUAAGAAAUGGGAAGAAAAGUCACGCGAGUAAAGUACAAAGUCCGAAACGUUUGCAAAAAAAAAACAAUUGUAAAAAAUGCUCGCUUGAGUCUUGGUUAGUAAAACUACUCCACAGCAAAUUUUAUAGAAUACUAACACAGUUUGGAUAGUAUCUGCGAGGUAUUUCGUCAUUCAAUCAAAGACAACAAAAUAAAUAUGAAAACAAUAAAAUUAAUAAACAGCAUCGACAAGUCCGUUUUCACUGAUGUACGAGUCAAUUCCGGGGUCAAAUGCCCGACAGAGCGGGAAUGUUUUCGCGUCAAAUUCCCGUCUAUGCAGGAAUGCGGAAAAAUACUGCCUCGUCAGCAGCCAAUCAAAUUGCGCGAUUUAUCUGGCAAAACAAAUGCUUGCCAUAUAAUAAUACAUAUGAUUAUAAAUAAUUCUCGACAUAGGGAGGAAGGGCUGCAAUAAGUACUGGGAAUUUUGGUCAUUUUUUGUUUUAACGUUUUGCCUUUAAUUAUUUCCCAGGUUAAUACGUUGGUAGUUGUCGAUCUUAGAGUAACUGUAGCUGCGAAGAUGAAUAUUUUCUGCUUCAGUACACCUGGAGAUGUAUGCAACCUUACAGUCAAUGCGUAAGUUUAAUUACUAAUUCAAUCAAUAUACUCAUUUAUUGUUUUAAAGUCAUUCACGAGAGUUCCAGUAUAUUGGUUUCGUGCUCAUAACAUUUACAAUUGUGAAUUGGGGAAUGAGGAGGAAAACUGCUUUCGAAGAAUGCAAAGCGGAAUGCUACAUGUUGCGGGAUAUUUUUUGUGCACAAGUCCUGCAUGCGACCUUUUGUACUAACUUUAUGGACUGCAAGACAUUACGUGAUUCAACUACAGGUUGAUAGUGAUGGGAUAUUCAGAGCCGGACGGUUGUUCAGAAAUAUUUCCAAAUGUAGAAACAAGCCUUUUCGGAAGUUACUGUGCUUUGAAUUUUGGUAACACCUAGAGUUAAGCCCUGUAUAUCUGCGACGUUCGCCCAACAUAAAUAUUGUGUAUAUUAUCAAAUUCAAAUUUAUAUUUUAGUCACAACAACAGGCGUUAGAGAAAUUGUACGCAUUCUAUAUCUAUUAUAUCGGCUGUGAUUGAUUCAGAUUUCUUCAAGUUAGCUAUCAGCAUGCAUGUCCUUUUUUUCUCCACAAAUGCAUCGUCUCUUGCCAUCUCUUAUCUCGGAAAGUAAAUUCUUCUUGAGCAGUCUGCAGUUGUCGCCCAUUAUAACAAUAUGACCGAUAUUGUGCUAUACUGUAGUUGUUUAUAUACCUUUCUCACAUGCUUAUUCUCAUUUUAGCCGCAGGAAGAAGAGAGAAGUUAGGUAUGUGCAUGGAUAUUGAUUUCAUUUACUAAUACAACAAUAACGAUUAAAAAUUCUGAAAUAAAUUAGUUAUCUGGUUGUGAGCACUUGUACAAAUAUUUAAUUAACUAUUCAGCCGACUUAAUUUUAAUAAGAGUAGAAAUGAUGAAGAUGGUUAUGUUCAAGUUUUGGGUCCUAGCUCAUGCUAGCGCGCUAACAUGCUGCUAUUGGACUUUGAGUUUCCUUUUUUGUUUUCUUUCGUUUUGUUUUUUAGGCGGUUUUGUUUGUUUUGUCUUCUUUGUAUGUGUUUGUGUGUAUUUUGUGGAUAUAUUAGUGGGUGUGUUGGUUUUUAAAAUUUUUAUUUCUAUCAUCUUUUUAAACUUCUAGUAAUCAAUUAUUAAUUAAGAGCCCAAAGUAAUUGGUAUCAACUGUUGUGGUGUUCCGGCCUUGUUUUUGUGCGUAUAUUGACCACGUUAAUUUUUAGCCUCUAUGCGAAGUUUUAUAAAAAUAUAAAUGAAUAAAAAAAUCAAAUUGCUCUUCAUGGAGCGUAAAUAUAUGCUGUAUAGCCUAUACGUUGCUACAGUAUUUAGUGUAUAAUUGCAUAAAAUUGAGGAAAACGUAUAGGAGAAUAUGUGUUUUGACAAUUUUCCCAAAUACUAAUAUUAAAAUCAUACACUGACAUUGUAUUAUUUCCCGUUAAAUUCAAAGUAGCCAGGAGUGGCCUUCAAAAUAUUUCAUCGAAGUUUUUUCCUUACAGCGACCAAUUUAGCCAAAAUGAUGUCAUAGUCGAUGGAAGCUCUGUAAUGGAUGUUCGGGAUAACACAGUAUUGGGUAUCGCCGUCAAUCAACCAGGAACAGAUACUCCAGUAGAAGGCAGUGUUGUUGGAGAUGCUUUACAUCAUACUCUUCAAGAAGAUGGUCAGUCACAAAUAUCCAAUCUUACCCUUGGAGUUGUCAAUGCACCUACAGUUUCAGACAAUCAACGCGAUAACGCGAUCAGUGUUCGUUUAACCGGUACCCAACCUAGUGAGGUGAGAUUUGUGUUCACGGAAAUUGAUGAAAAUCAUAACGGUCCUAACUCAAAUGUAACUGAUUUGGGAAAAUUAUUGGGUCAUGAUUUCGAUCGAUUAAAACUUUUCUCUAUACCGUGUAUUUCUUCCAAAUACUAAUUUAAAAAUAAGAUUUAAUUUAUAAUGUAUUUGUAUAGUGGACGCUGCAACAAGAUAUAUCAUUCCGAAACAACAUGUCUGAAGCAAUCGUCCGGUUUUGUGGCCAGACUAAUGCACGAUUGACCUCGUGCAAUCUCACACGGUAUGUUAAUAAUGAAAUAUACUACAAUAGAAGGUUAUACAUUACAUCACGAUCAUGAUUUUAUGUUUUUGAAUUUAUAAUAGCAGGAUUAUAUAUUAUGUAAUAAUAAAAGUGAAUAGACGAGGUGAUGGACUAUACAGAGUUACAAAUUGGCACAAUUAGCACUGAGGUUUUUGAUGGACUAUACAGAGUUACAAAUUAGCACAAUCCAGAGCGGAUGUUUCGCCCAGUAAAUGAUGCUAAACAUACUAGUGUUAAAGAAAUUCAAUUGGAACAAUUUAUUCUAGGAUCGAAUCCUCCUAGACCUUAUAGAUAAAAAUUACAUAGACGACAUAUAUAAUAUGAGGUAGGCCUAAUCGAAUGAUAGGCCUAUAAAGAUUGCGUCAUUAAAUAACUCUCAACAUGGAGAAUAAAGUCGUUUAGUAUAGGUAAUCACACGGGAAGGAGUGCAAUUAACAAUUAACACUACGAGUGAUAUUUGAAAAAUGUGCCAAGAUUGCACGAGCCGCCGAGGCGAGUGCAAUUUGGCACAUUUUUCAAAUAUCACGAGUAGUGUUAAUCAUUAAUUGCACGACUUGCCCGUGUGAUUAUUUAUUUAUUAUAUGCAUGACAAAAUCGAUUUCUUUAUAUUUCAACUGCAUUUUGUCAACAGUUUUUAAUUCUUUUGUAAGCAAUUUGGUAUAAACAUACUUGGGAAUUGAUUAUAAACUCAUAAAGGCACAUAACUUAAACUUAGAACACAAGAUUCAAACUCAAACAACAUAUUUUAGACUAAGAAAAUCUUUAUAAAUUGUAUUUCGAUCAAACUUACAUAGUCACGUUUCGCUGCAUCCCGCCAAGAUUAUUUCUUAAGACUGUUUCCAGGUAUUUUCCACAGGCUCUUUUUGCCAUACAAUGUUUCUUAAACUCAUUCUUGUGCCAAAAUUCAGUUAAAUUGUCCACAUUUGUUAUAGAAAUCUUAUCUAAAUUUCGCCGCCAUAUUGGAUUUUGUUGUUUUGAUUUCCCGCUCCCCCCAGCCAUCACGAAAAUCAUUAAUUGCACUCCUGGAGAGUGCAAUUAAUGAAAUAAUUGCACUCCUCUUAACCAAUCAGAUUGCAGUAAUUUUGUCGAUAUUCUUCUGCAUGCACGGGUGUCGUGGUAGUGGUACCUCCAUUGAUUAAAAACGUUUUCGUUUAAUUACAGAGAUCAACUGAACGACAUUGAUUUCCAGAAUAUCCAGAUUUUGCCCAAUUCUCCCACACAAGAUGGCGGCGAUUCAAUUCUGUCAUUUUUUGUUAAUUUACCAAGCGGAGCAACUAUGCCCUCGGAUCUUUUGAAUACUAUUUACAGUUCAUCACCAAAUGUCAUAUCACAACCUACUGUACUAAAUACGACUAUGAGUCAAAAUCCUGUCCUGACAGCUGAUCAAACUGAAAACCUUGUACAACUUACAGUAAAUGGACUCAAUUCAACACAGGUAUACCGGGGUUUUUUUAUCAAAUACGUGUCUACGAAAAAUUGCUUAUGCUUCAUUUAGAUACGAUGCAUAUUUAAUCAUCUGUCUCCAUCCCGAGUUUUGAUUAUUAGAUGGCAACUCACUGUAGUUACUUGAAAAGCAUUUGCGCCUUCAAAUGGAUUGAGUACGAUAAUUGUGUGAGUGAAUAAUUUCAGUCCCCGGAGAAAUUUCGAUUUCUAUACAGAUUGAUGGCAAUUUAUAUUCUAGUUUUAAAAUAAAAUGAAAUAACAUAAAGAUGAACUUGAAGAGUAACCAACCAGGCAGAAAAUGGAAUUUUGGUCGGACAGUGAAAACAAAUGCUGAACAUUACCGUAUUUAUUUGUUUAAUUGAACGUCGCCCCGAUUAUAAGCAACGCUUUUAAUGAAAACGUUAUUUGUUAUUAAACGUUAUUUAAGUUAUCUAUUAAGUUCCCCUCUCCAAUGAGCUCCCUCCUUUUAAGGUAAAGAAAUUUAUUAAGUUUAAUAUACUGUAUGCUAUCAACGAAUAAAUUCUCUUUUAAUUGCAGGACGUCAGGUUGGAUGUCCAAACUACAAUUGCAAACAGAUUGAAUGCAUAUUGUCGGAACAAUUCUGGGGCUGCAAUUUGCCCUACUAAUGGGUAGGUUUGUGAAAAGUCUUAUUAUAAGUUUUACAUUAAUCGCAAGCCAAUGCGAGGCCGUUAGCGCCGUUCCGGUGCUGUAGCCUAGCUGGUGCGAAGAAUGAAAUUCCGCACGGGUAUUUGCACCUGGGCAUAUAAAGGUACUAAUUCCGCUCGGGUAUUUGCACUCGUGUAUGUUAAGGAACUAAUUCAGAAGGACGCAAAUACAGCAUAAUUGUCUCAAAUUUCAAAAUUUGUUAAAUUUAAAAAGCUGGUCAAUCUUUGACAACAAUUACAAUACUCAUUGUCUAUAGACAAAGAAACCAUAGCAACAAAGGAAUAUUGGUUAAUUUGUUGAUCCAAGGUUGAAUAUCCUGAUCUAAAAAAUAUCGCACGACGUUGCCGCAUGUUUCGAUGCUGUUUGUCAUCUGUUUAAUUUGUUACCUUGCACGUUCGAAAUUCUUUGCUUUAAUUCCCAAGAUCACCACUGGUCCAACAUUAUAGAUCCACUUGUGAAUAAUUGGUAAUUAAAUUCUACUUCAUUGAAAUAGACAAUAAUCGCGAACAAAUGGCAACUGUAUUGAAAUUAGUUUAAUACGCCGUUUUAUGCCGUUUAUUGGCAAGCAGUAACUUGAUUUCAAACCUACUUCGAAUUCAAAACUUCUAUCUCGCUUAUAUUCUGUUGCAAGAAAGUUCAAAUGUUACAUACCAAAUUUUAAGUUAAUCUUGAAUAUAAUUAAAUUUAUUCGGAUGCAAUAGGUAGUUUUCAUUAUAUAUUAAAUCGAACAACGGAACUUUUUGCGGGGAAUCGGAAAAAAAUGUAAAAGUCUUUGACCUUAUAGCAAAAUCCGUUCAAAGUAAACUUAUUCAAGUUGACUGUGCUAUCAAAAAGGGAUUUUAUUCAUAACAAUAUGUUCGGACUUUCCAUAAUUUAUUUCUUUACCAGAACCUUCACCAAAGAUGAUGUUCUUGUCCAAAUUGAUCCUGCUACUAGCAGUGUCAGUUUCGUCGUUCUUGAUCCCCACACAAGAUCACCAGUUUCAGCCAGUGGUGUACAAGAUGCUAUUAGUGGAGAAUUUACGUUCGACCUUCUUGGCCUAACAUUUACAGUGCCUCAAAGCACAGGUGCGGGUGGCGAUGAUGAAGUGGAUUGGCCUUUGAUAUUAGGAUUAUCCAUUGGUGGAGCUUUAUUGUUCCUCUUUGUGAUUAUGUCUAUUAUCAUGUAAGUUAAUAUGAUAAAAUAUACAUGGAGAAUAUACUUAAAAAUUUAUUGUAGUAUAUGCUUGUGAAUCUUUCUGAAUUAGGGCUGCACUCCAGUAAAGCCAUUUUCACACAUGAAGGACGUAUAUAGGCCUACUUGAGAAAAAUGUCUGUUUUAGUUAUAAACUAUUUAAUAAAUAAUAUAGACAGAUGAGUUGGAGAGAUAUAAGCUUGUAUAUAUGCCUGAAAAUUAAUUGUUUGUUUCCAACAUAAAUUCCAGUGGUGUGGUGAAUACUUCCAAGACAACAAAAUUUAAGGAGUAUGGUUUUGAGAAUGAGUCUGUUUACUCAGCACGUGGUUGGCAGUUUGACAGAGAUUCACCAUAUAGUGGUUCACCGUUUGCUAGUAUUGAGGCAAUACCUGGAUUUGAUGAAGAUGGCUUGCCUUCUGAUGCUCGACCAACAGAUACGCGUGUAUAA